AUGCAGGAGGCCCUCCAGAUGUGCUCCAAGGCAGCCAACGAGACUAGCUCCAUGAAAGCGGCCAGCAUGGCUUGCUGCGCUUGGGGCGAUGUUCUCAUGAGGAGCCGCGAGUGCUGCAAUGUGCCCGGGCCGCCAUACUGCAUCAGCCACGGCAACUCCAAGUUGGCGCGGAUGUCGGUGGCCCUUGCUGCGGUGCUAGCCGCCGUGGCUGCAACCGUGUUGCCAAAGCUGCAGAUGUGCUGCCGACGACCCGCUUCCAGCAGUGGGUCCUGCUUGGAGUCCUUCUUUGCUCCCAGCCUCUUCCGCACCCCACGGACCCGGGCCUCGACGAUGGUCGCCGACGUCCAGUCUUUAGAGCGAGGUGGCAUCGAGGCUGACGGAGCUCUCAUGGAGGAUCUGAAGCAGUGCUGGAGCGGUGAUGGACGGAGUGAAGGGAGACGACGAGGCACAUCGCUUCGCACACUGCCCGGGGGCGACUUCUGGCGGGAUCAGGCCGCCACAGCCUUUGCAAAACUCCAAUCGGCCUUCGGAUUCCAGGAGGACUCGGUGAAAUGUCAGUUCGAGCACUUCCUUUCUCUGUGGCGCUCGCACUGUGCUGUGGUGGCCGACCGCCUGAAGCUGCCUCCGAACGACGGGGUGGGUUGCAGAAGCCUUGAGGAGGAUCUUCUCAAAAGGGGAAUGGAUGAGCUCCACGAGGACCUACUUCGCGGCCUGCGAUGGUGGCGAGCGACGUUCCAGGAUCAAGGUGUCAAGCUGGGGGUCACCCCAGAAGGACCCGAUGAGUCUCCGCGAUACCAGGGCUCCAUGAGCAUCUCGACUUCCCUCCAGGUGGAGGUGAAGUGGUGUGUCCCCGAGUCCGCGGAGCGUGCGCAAUUCUCCCAGUACCAAGCAGCGAAGCCAACUCUGGCGAAGCUAGAGGAAGUGGCAACGUUCCUUCUUGUCUGGGGCGAAGCAGGCAACCUGCUAUUCAUGCCCGAGAUGCUGUGCUUCAUCACACAACUGGCACUAGAUUCCGAGCCGGUGCACUGUGAGGAGCAUUCCGGUCGCAGUGGAGCUUUCCUUGUGAAGAUUGUCCGGCCCAUUUACAAGGUGGUCUUUGACGAGCAUUAUGUCAAAGUUGGACCAGAGAACCCGACACAGCGGCAAAAGGAUGAGAAAGUGCUGAAGGAUGGCUAUGCUACAUACCUGCCGCCAGAUUGUGCAAACUACGACGACUGGAACGAGCUCUUCCAGGAUCCCAAGCGGCUUCAGGCAGCUCUGCCGAACCUCUUCAAUCAGCCCAAGCAUCUUCGGUACGAGGCGCUGAAGAAGGUGGACUGGGCCAGUGCCCUGUACUCGAUGAAUGUGAAGACGCACAGAGAGAUUCACUCAUGGUGGGGAGUCUUUGCAGCUACUCACCGCUUGUGGUUCCUGCAUGUCUUGCUCUAUGCCUUGUCGAUGUGGUGGGUUUCUUCGCGGAACUUCCACGACCCUGGCUCAGGUUGGUCGACGCCCCUAGGUGGGGGCUCACCAUUGGUUUGCCUCUCCGCCAUUGGUCUAGUGGUGCCCCUGCACCUGGCAUUCUACUGGAUGAGCCGCUGGUUCACCACCGGCAGCGCCUUGCGGCCGAACUACCGCGAGGGGAGCACUUGCCAGAAGAUCCAGACCCUGCUCUUGCAUGCUCUUCUUCAAUUGAGGCUGGUUCUUCUGUUCGUUCCUAUCGCCACCUUUCUGUGGGUCCGCUGGUUGGAUGCUUUCGGUGACGACGAGUGGCUCAAGGUUCACCCUUUCCUUUCCUUGAACAUGGCGCUGCAAGUGCACGUCUUCGUCUGCAGCUUUGGAGCACUCCUGAUCCUCCUGCAGCCCUGUGCAAGUGGUGCGCCUUUCCGCCCAGCUACACCAACACCGUGGAGCGUGAAGUCCUUGCGCUGGCUCAUCUGGCUGGCGAUCCUGGCGGUGAAGUUCUUUGCGGGCCUCGGGGGCAUUGCCGCCAUCGAGAGGGCGACGGCCGAGUUGAAGAUCAGCCGCCUUGGACGUGAACCGAUAGAUGAAAUUCCGAGCUUUGCCUUCGGCCCCAACUGGGACAAGGACAUCAUCGAGUGGGUGGCACUUUGGGGCACCGGCCUGUUGUGCUACGUAGCCGACACGCAGUUCUGGUUCUGCUUGGUUUGCUCAGUCGUGGGCAUGCUCUUGGCAUUCCACCAGCGUGGAUGGCGUGUGCAGCAGCUGCUGACAGAAGAUGCCUUGUCCGCCGUGCCCCAGCGCUUUGCAGAGCGAGUCAUCCUCGAAGCACCCGAGGGAAGACGAAACCGCCAUAGGCUCGCGGAGGGCUCCGUGCCGGCGCCGCGAGCCACGGCAAACUCCCAGUGGUUUCAGAAGUUUUUCCCGGACCUUUGGGAUCGGAUUAUUGACAUCAUGCGCUACGAAGACAAGCUCGAUGACUUCAUCAUAGGACAGAUGAAGUUCACGGUCUCGGGGGAAGGGCGAUCUGUCUCCUGGGAAAGCGUCCACAGGCAGCUGCAGGAGCGGCAGCGCUUCUCGCCGCCCCCCAUCUUUGACGUCAUGAACUUUGGGCAGAGGAGCCUGGAACGCGAUCUAGGCAUUCUCCCGACGGACACGUGGCCGUGGAGCACGGAGGUUCAGUGGCGGCUCAACGCCUUUGCACGCAAUCUGGCAUCUGGGGACUUGCCCAGACCCUUCGUGACGCCAUACAUCCCUGGACUUACAGUGCUGAUCCCCCACUAUGGAGAGCAGAUUCUGCUGUGCAAGAAGGACCUCCAUCCCGACGCUGCUCCCCGGCAGGGCCGACGACGCUCCAGUCAGGUGGAAUUUGGCGUCAGCAACUCUGGAGAGGAAGUUCCCUUGAUCUCCUGGCUUGAGAAGAGGUACCACGAUGACUUCCUAGCUUUCACCUCUCGGACGAAGGGCAUGGAUCCCUCGUGGCCCGACGCAGGAAGCCGAUGGGAUCAGUACACGGAUCCUGCCCAUUGGGAGAAGCUCUGCGGGUGGGCCUCGAUGCGCUCACAAACGCUUUGGCGAACCGUUGUGGGUCUCAUGUACUACCUCCCUGCCCUUGAGUGCUUCCAUCAGAUGGUGAAGGAACGGAACAAAGACUCUGCCAUGGCUGCGGUGUGGGAUCCAACGGAGGUCUUCACCUGCAUGGUUUCGAUGCAGAUGUAUGCUUUCUUCGAGGAUGUGCAGUACGAGCAUACGGAGAUCCUGCUUCGGAAAUUCCCAAGGAGUUUCCAGAUAGCCUUCAUUGACCACGAGGGCAAAGGAGAAGCUGCCGUGCUGGACUGUAUCCAUCCAAAGCAGCAGAGACGCUACUACAGCUGCUUGAUUGAUGAGGGCUGUGCCAUGGAGGCCGAGAAUCCGAAACGACGGAAGCCACGAUUCAAGAUCGAGUUGCCAGGCUUCCCAAUACUUGGGGAUGGGAAGGGCGACAAUCAGAACCACGCGAUCGUCUUUACACGUGGGUCGAUCAUCCAGGCCAUCGAUGCCAACCAGGGUGGAUAUUUCGAGCAAAUGCUGCUGCUUCCCUGUGCGCUGGGGGAGUUCCGCCGGCGUGACCGCAAGAUGGGAGGUCUUGAGCCUCGGAUCGUGGGCUUCGCAGAGCACAUCACAAGUGACAUCGGUUCGCUCGGUGACUUCGCGGCUGGUGCUGAGACUGCCUUCGGCACUGUGCUGCAACGAUCCUAUGCUCUUCUUGGAGCGCGUAUGCACUACGGUCAUCCGGACAUGAUGAACAAGGAGGUCAUGAUCCAGCAGGGUGGGAUCUCGAAAGCUACGAAGACGGUCAACUUGUCCGAGGACAUAUUUGCCGGGAUGGACCUCACACUGCGCGGCAAUGGACGCAACAUUGUCCACCGAGAGUACCUGCAUGUGGCCAAGGGCAGAGAUCUAGGCUUCAACACAAUUCUCACCUUCUUCUCCAAGCUUUCGGCCGGCACGGGCGAGCAGAUGCUGACACGGCAGAUGGCACGGCUGGGGAAUGAGCUGGACUUGCCUGAGUUUCUGACGUUCUUCUAUGCACAUGCCGGGUACUACCUGACGCAGUUCUUCCUCUCCAAGAGUAUUCCACUGCUCGUCUUCAUUUGGCUACUUGUGGUGCUCGACGAUCCGGAACAGAAUUUCCCUGCCAUGAGUGCAGAUGACAAGUCCGAAACUGGUGCCAAAAUUGUCGCGCGCAUGCUCAUCACCCAGUACUCCUGGCUACUGAUGCUUUUCAUCGUCGCGCAGACAGCCCCCCUGGCCAUGCAAGUCUGGCUGGAGAGUAGCUCGGUCGCGGCCUUCCUUCGUAUUCUCAAACAGAUGGUUACCCUAGCGCCGUUGCAUUUCAUCUUCCAGGCAAAGAUCAUUGGCACCUACCUCACCAACGAAGUCACGCUUGGAGGUGCAAAGUAUCUGCCAACAGGAAGAGGCUUGCCCACGGAGCGCCGCGCUUUUCUCCGUCGCGUUGAUGGCGACAAGAAAAGAGGUGGUGGAGGUGGCUUGUACAACGACUAUGCCACCCUGGCGCUGUAUGACGGAGCGCAGCUGCUGAUCGCCUCAGUGAUGGUGCUCUGUGCAGGUGGCCUGGCCGUGGAGCAGUCCUUGGUCUGGUGGCUCGUUGCCCUGGGCCUUACUAUCUGUUCUUGGCUCCUGGCACCUUUCGUAUUCAAUCCGUACCAGUUUGCCUACACCCAUUUCCGGUCUGACCUCAAGGACUGGAGAGAUUUCUUCUUCCAAGACGGAGGCAAGCACUGGGCUUUCUGGUAUGCCGAGAAUCCCAAGAAGGCCGACACGCGCCUGCGAAUAGGCGCAGGCUUGCGGACCAGCUCCAUGGAGGUCCUCAAGCGGGCUCUUUUCCUUGGCUGCUGGUACACCAUCUUGAAUCAGAAGGUGCACAUGCUGACGGUGAUCUUUGAAGGUACUUUCCGAUCCGCCUUCAGCAUCGCCCUAGUGGUCAUGCCUCCGGUCGGCAUGUCGAUUGUCAUCUGUGCGGUCCUACCUCAAGUGUCUCAACUGGUCGGAUGCGACGACGGGCGCGAGCUCCACUAUGGCUGGAGUGCAUUGCUGGUGGUCUUGGCGGACUUGGUCGAGACGUUCUGCUACCUUUGGAAGCUUCUGAGCCUGCGCUGGUGGAAAUCCUUUACCAUUGGCAUUCUUCUGAAGUUUUCACUGCUCUCACUGUGUUUGGAACUGGUGGAGUGCGCGUUCCGUCUCAAAGGUUCAGGUGCUCCGUUGGCAUUGAGGCGGCGUGCUAAGCUGUGGCUGUACGGCCAUCGAAUGGCACAGGACUUGGCCGUCUCAUCGCUGAUCUUCGGCUUGCUCUCAAUCGGUACUUUCUUCGAUUGCAUCAAGGCGAAGGUUUGUGGCUGCAAAGGCUGUGGCCUGCACAACAUCCUCGUGUAUCGCGACCCGGGAGGUGUUCACAAGCGACAGGUAAUCCGCCGGGCGCAAAACGCCGGAGAAUUUACUGAAGCAGGUGGAGAAGAGCCGCCGGCGCUGGCGCCGCUCGAACUCGCCUCAGAUGCCCUGCUGGACGUCGCGCCAGGCAACCUGAAACCAGGCAUAAUGCGAACAGCGGCUGUCCUUAUUGCGCUGUUUGUGCCAUGGGCAGCAUCUCAGGGAACAUGCCAGGCGCCACGGGCGGGGCCAUUAGGGCCCAUGCAGGACGCUUCGGCCUGUGCCAACAUUCCCCAAUGCGGUGACUGCGUUGUGCACUGCAACUGUGGCGGAGCCCCGUCCUGCCUCGGUUCCAACACAACGCUUCGAUGUCUGGGAGAAAACGAUGCUGUCAGAAAUCUGCCACCAGCUUCGCUGCCGAACGGCCAGUUCCCGUUUGGGGUAUGUGAUUCUUCGACAGCUGCUGGAACCGUGGGAUUGGUGGCACCGGAUCACUGUGGGCUCAAUCUCUGCUGCCCAGAAAAUCCUUUCGUGCCGGCUGGAUGCCAGAACGACCUCGACGCACGGUUGGGGCUGACGGGGCAGUGCCAGGCCAUGGUCGACAGUGGCUCUUUCUCAUGCGAACAGAGCUUUUGCCCGACCUGUGGUAAACUUGCCGGACAGUGCGACCAUCUUUGUGGGUACGGACUUUGUUCCGUUUGCGGGGACUGUUUUCGCUCUGCCCGCCUGGCAGCGGGCCAGCCGGAGCCCUGCGAUGAUGGGAACGCCGAGGAUGGGGAUGGCUGCAGCAGCUCCUGCUUGGUGGAGGAUGGCUGGACUUGCACGAAGGAGGCAGUUCUUCUUCCGGAUGCGGCCUUGGGUGGGGUGCAGAGACAAACAACAGUCGACAGGUGCACGACUUGUACAGACUCUCCAGUCGCCUGGACGGAUAGCCAGGGCUACACCUGCGAGGACUAUGAAAUGUUUGCGGCUUGCGAUUCCAACUCACUGUCCUCGGAUGCCCUGGUACUCGGCGGACGACUCCGUAUGACUCCGGAGUACUUCCAGUAUCAGUUCUUGUACAACACUGACAUUUCUCCAGGCAAGCCACUUAAGAUGUUGGUGUCCGUUGCGGCCGCGAACGACGCACACAUCUUCCUCGGCAAGCCUGGUGAGUACGGCUUUGAGAUUGUGGUCGGCGGCUGGAACAACGGGCAAUCAGUGCUGCGAACGCAGCCAACUCUUCAAACUCUGGGCAAUUACUACGGCGCGCUGCUGGACCCGUCGGACAUGCAAACAUUCUGGGUCUACUAUGCUUGGGAUGGCAAUCUCAGCGUUGGACGGGGGGAGGUCUUCUGGGAGAUGGGCUUCCUCCACGGCUCCUACCUGACGACCAACCUGGUCAGCAUGCGAAGUUGGUACGACAGUGUCUCCCAGGUCAGCCUUCUCAAUGAGGUGCACAUCAGCACUGGCUGGGGAGCUGUCGGCAGCUGGGACGUGCGGCUUGUAGACGGCUUCGCUGGGAUGACUCUUGGAGAUCUGGCAGAUGGUUCAGGUGUCGAUGCUACCUCGGCCUGUUGCGCCUGUGGCGGGGGUGUUUCUGGCAGGCCAUGUGAGCAGCGCGUCAAUGGCCAGCUUCCCUUCCAAGCCCGCGGUGAUGUCGCGGGAAGUACAGAGGGCAGCAGAAGGCUUAGCGGCCUUGGAGGCUUUGCCGCGGACCCGCUGCUCUUGGGAAUGCCGGGCACAGAUGGAUUUUCCUUGAGCCUCAACUUCACCAGUUGUGCGGUAACGCAGCAGUCCGAUCCUUCCGGCGACUGGUGCAUCUUGGAGGUUGUCGUCGCCCCCGGCAUGGCCAAGAACCGCGUGAUAACGCCUUUGGCAAACGUGUGGACUCAGAUCCUGGAUCCGGGCUGCCGCAUCAUGGACCAUCACCAGGUGGGCUCCGGCUACAUUUGGCAAGCGACGGGCUGCAACAUGACCGCCGGGGCGCUCUAUGUCUUGGCCUUGCAUCUGACCACAAGUCAAGGUGAUGUGCUCCUGCUCAUGGACUUGCAGAUUCCAGGUAAGCCGACAUACACCCCAAGUUCCGUCAUCUUCAGCGACUCUGAUGUUCGUCGUGGCUACCUGCUGGGUGAGGUUACGAUUGAAGGUGCAGAAGACGAAAGCAAUAUCCUGCAGUAUCGCGCGUACUAUGGACGAUCCAACGACACGAGGGUGAACUUCCUCUCGGACGAGCGUGCUGCGGGUAUCGGAUGGGUGAAUACCUAUGCUGAUGGAGGCUUGCGAAAUGGAUACAACAACGAAUGCUUGUAUGGAGACUGCAGCUGGAAGAUGCAGUUGUCAAAGACCGCGGGGAACGGUCGACCGUACAACCAGUACCUCAUCAGGCAUGAACACACGGGGAAAUGCCUCUGCUACGCGAAUGCAGUAUUGUCGCAAAACGAAUGUUAUGCGAACUUGCUGACGGUGGAUAGUCCUAUGGCCUACAAGUACUUGCCAUCUGGCAACGGUGCUUUGAUCGAUAGGAACAACGAGUUCUACAAGACCGUCUGGUACAGAGACAUCGGUGAUCGAGCAACCAAGACUGUGGAAUCCGUCCUCGCCAUCAUGCAGCAGGUCUGCGACGACUUCGGUCCAUGUGUGGGCGUCCUCAUCGCGGAGACCAACUUUGAUGGCAUCAUCCUCCUGGAUCGAACCUAUGGAACUGAAGAAUAUCCAGAGAGGGCCCAAGAAGCAUCGUUCAGGGCACCCUUGCAAAUCGCCUGA